AUGGUGUUUGACCUGUGGCGUGCUGAGCGAAGCGAAGUGAGAAAGCUUGAGGAGAUUCCCGAAGACGAGCUUGACGACAUUCUUUGCCGAUUUUAUGCAGAGAUAAGAAAGCAAAACGGAGAUGAAUACGAGCCAGAUAGCCUUGCUGUUAUGCAAGGCUCCGUAGACCGCCAUCUAAAGAACAACGACAAGAGUUACAGCAUACUACGAGACCGCAAGUUUGCCAAGUCAAGACAGCAACUAAAUGCUAAAGCCAAGCAGCUUCGAGAGAAGGGCUACGGGAAAAAGAAAACUGCUGCUGAUGUUCUGAAUAAGGAUGAUGAAGAGUUUCUGUGGCAGUCUGGCGAAAUUGGAAAGCACUCUGCAGAAGCGUUAAUCAACGUGAAUCUCAAGAAUUUAACAGAGCACUUCGGGCUGUGUGAACGACAGGAACAUUACUCAAUGAAAGUCGAGGAUUUCCAAAUAAUAACCAGCCCAGACAACUCAGUCAAGUACGUAAAAUUUAAAGAGGGUCCUGCCAAGACAAGACAAGGUGGCUUGAAGGUGAAGCACAGGGCUGUCCAUCCGAAAAUGUUCGCAACGGGCGACGAAAGAUGA